AUGUCGUUUCGUAAUAGACAAUCAACGGCUCGACCGACUGCCAGCCGCCAGUCUGGAGUGUCUACCCCAAGCCGCAAUGCUGUUGCCGACACGCUUCCACCGUACAAGAAGCCGUCUCACCCUCUUGAUACUGAGGCGACCCGCGCGUUGCGCGAACUGCAGGGCCGCAGUCUAAACGACGUCAAAAGACACAGCAAGCAGGCUGCUGCUGCCAUCACUGCCAGUGCUGAGAACGUUAACGAUACUCUGCGCGAUCAUGCCGAAUACAUAGCACGACGGAAGAAGAAGUGGGAUGCGGGCAAAAAUCUGGAGGAUAGAGACGUGGAAGAGCGAGACAUGGAGGAAUUGAAAUUGAAGGUAGAAGAAGCCACUACGAAGCUGGAAGAAAGCAUGCGUGCAGUCAUCGACUCUGGGGUUGCGGCGCAGAGAAUUGAUGAUACACUUGAUUGGCUUAGAACCCAUGCACCUAUAACGUUAGAAGAAGAAUAUCGCACCCAAAUGACGCAGCGAGAAACGCAGCGACAAUCACAGAGCCAAACAGCCACUCAGCGGCGUACCCGAAACGUUGACGGAGACGGAGACACUGAGAUGGAUGAAGGCCCUACGCCCGGCCCGACCCCUAUUGAUGGGUCUCGAAUAGCUCUCACCGGUGCAAGCGAAUUAUUUGCCUCGCGUGUGCAACGCGAAAAAGAUACCUAUACAUCACUUUCCCUUACGGCGCGCUAUGCCCGCAAUAACGAAUACCGCGACUUCAAGCGAAUAGUGCAUGAUGCAAAGUACGGGGACAGUGGUCCUGUCUUGGGCCACGAAGAUACUUGGUUCACCGAGACUGGAUCACCAGCGCCAGGAAUCACUGAUAGCACACAGCGCGGUGAUUUCGACGACGAUGAUGAUAUUGUCGUAGACCGAGCUACUAUCAGCACGCGAUGUCCAAUCACAUAUCAGCAGUUCAAAGAGCCUUACUCAAGCAACAAGUGUCCGCAUACUUUUGAAAAGAAUGCAAUUCUCGAGAUGAUUCGGCGAGGUCCUCACAGAAUCGGGCAACAAAAAGCAGUCGACUGUCCAGUCACCGGAUGUAAUCAGAUGCUCACGGAGACCGAUGUGCACUCGAACAAAGUCCUCAUCCGCAAGAUCAGACGCAUGCAGGAAGCUGAGCUUGCAGAAGCCGAAGAAAGUUCCGAGGAUGAGAUGCAAGCGCCUAGUUCGGACAAGCAAUCUCAGCCAGUCCCGUCAGGUAGUGCCGGGGACCGAGGUGAUGCUAGCGACGGAGAACUGUCAGUUUGA